AUGGGUGCUGAGCACCAGUUUGUUACCGGUGCUUCCAAAAAGGUGAACUCUUUACCUGCUGAGAGGAUCCAGGAGAUUCAAAAAGCCAUCGAGCUCUUCUCUGUAGGUCAGGGACCUGCCAAAACCAUGGAGGAAGCCAGCAAGAGGAGCUACCAGUUCUGGGACACACAGCCAGUGCCCAAGUUAGGCUGCUCCAGGAAGCCCCCAGAGAAGCCUGGAGGUGCUGAUCUGUGGCCACCAGGAGAAGUGGUGAACACCCACGGCCCGGUGGAGCCAGACAAGGACAAUAUCCGCCAGGAGCCCUACACCCUGCCCCAGGGCUUCACCUGGGACGCCCUGGACCUGGGGGAUAGAGGUGUGCUGAAGGAGCUGUACACACUGCUCAACGAGAACUACGUGGAGGACGAUGACAACAUGUUCCGCUUCGAUUACUCGCCCGAGUUCCUGCUGUGGGCGCUGCGUCCUCCAGGCUGGCUGCCCCAGUGGCACUGUGGGGUCCGAGUGGUCUCCAGCAAGAAGCUGGUGGGAUUCAUCAGCGCGAUUCCAGCCACCAUCCACAUCUAUGACACAGAGAAGAAGAUGGUGGAGAUAAAUUUCCUGUGUGUCCACAAAAAGCUGCGCUCCAAACGGGUGGCUCCGGUUCUGAUCCGUGAGAUCACACGGAGGGUGCAUCUAGAGGGAAUCUUCCAGGCUGUUUACACUGCAGGAGUGGUGCUGCCAAAGCCUGUGGGGACUUGCAGGUAUUGGCACCGCUCCCUGAAUCCUCGGAAACUCAUCGAGGUCAAGUUUUCCCACCUGAGCAGGAACAUGACUAUGCAACGAACCACGAAGCUGUACCGGCUGCCUGAGACUCCCAAGACUCCCGGCCUGCGGCCCAUGGAGCACAAGGACAUCCCUGCUGUGCACAAGCUCUUGACUGAGUACCUGAAGCAGUUCCACCUGACACCCGUGAUGAGCAGAGAGGAGGUGGAGCACUGGUUCGUCCCUCAGGAGAACAUCAUCGACACCUUCGUGGUAGAGAGUGCCCCAGGAGAGGUGACAGACUUCCUGAGCUUUUACACCCUGCCCUCCACCAUCAUGAACCACCCAACUCACAAGAGCCUGAAAGCUGCUUAUUCCUUCUACAACGUCCACACCAAGACGCCUCUCAUCGACCUCAUGAGCGACGCGCUCAUCCUCGCCAAGUCGAAAGGAUUUGACGUCUUCAAUGCACUGGAUCUCAUGGAAAACAAAACCUUCCUGGAGAAGCUGAAGUUUGGGAUCGGGGAUGGGAACCUGCAGUAUUACCUGUACAAUUGGAAGUGUCCCAGCAUGGCACCAGAGAAGGUUGGAUUGGUGCUGCAGUAA